AUGGAUGACUUCUACGCUGUCGCCAUGUUUUCCACUGACCUAAUGGAGUCACAUCAGGAGCAGGUGGCCAUCAAUGGGGUGGAACCUCAGAUGAUUGGCAUGCUGGUGAGCAACGCCUACACAGCAGAGGUGGUGAUCUCCAGAGCUAACGUGCAGGCUCUUCUGGUGGCCGCUAACCUGCUGGAUGUGAUGGUGGUGCGUGAGGCCUGCUGCAGGUUCAUGGAGCAGCAAAUGGAUGAGAUGAACUGUGUGGGCAUCCACUGCUUCGCCGAGGUGCACUCAUGCCAUGAGCUGGAACGCCACAGCAUGGAAUACAUCCAACAGCACUUCAGCAGCAUCUGCCAACAGGUUCUAGAGCACAUCAAGCUGCCUCUCAUCAGUCCAUACUACAUCCAUCACGUCAUCAAGACUAUGGAUGUGGUGAAGGAAUCGCUCAAGUGCCAGAAGCUCAUCUCUGAAGCCAAGGAUUAUUUACUGCUGCAGGACCGUAGAGGAGAGCUGUACAGAGCUCGCCCGCGACAAGCAACAGGUGACCAAAGGGCCGGUACAGCCGAGGUGAUCGUGACGAUUGGAGGAGAGGAUGAUAAGGUGGUGUUACGCAGUGUGGAGAGUUAUGAUCCCCUCACCAGCCAGUGGAAGAGUCUGGCCUGCCUACCUUUCGCUGUCAGCAAACACGGCUUAGUCGUGUCUGGUUCAAUGCUGUAUCUAGCUGGAGGGGAGUUUCCAGAUGGCUCAGCCAGCAGGGAGAUAUGGCGAUAUGACCUGUGUUUUGACUCCUGGUUAGAGAUGGCACCCAUGAAUGUGGCUAGAUCAGAACUGGGGCUGGUGAUGUUGGAUGGAUGUGUGUUUGCUGUGGGUGGUUGGAAAGGUCGGUCACGCAUGGACUCCGUUGAGUGUUAUAAUCCUCUCACAAACACAUGGCAGUUCAUGGAAUCAGUCAAGAUGGUGGUCACUAGUCCAGCUGUGGUGGCGCUGGAUGGAUUGCCCUAUGUGACAGGGGGUGCUGUUUUAGAAGAUGGCACAGCGUUAGCGCAAGUACACUACACUAAAACAUGCGUGUGGACCGAGGUGGCGCCUAUGCAGAUCGCUCGCUCUGGAUCUGCGGCCUGUACACUAAAGGGCAAGAUUUACAUCAUAGGUGAGAAUGGAUGGCACGCUUCCACCGAGAACACGGAUAAGGUGGAGUGCUACGACCCGAAGACCAACAAGUGGACCAUGUGUGCUCCCAUGAAGGAGAGACGCUAUCGACCCGGUGUGGCUGUGAUGGAUGGAAAGAUUUAUGUUUUAGGAGGAGAGGAGGGAUGGGAUAGGUAUCAUGACACUAUAGAGUGGUACUGUGAGGACAGCUGGAAGAUCGUCGGUGAGAUGCCCACCAGUCGUAGCUGGCUCAGCUGCGUCUCUCUUCAGCUCAGGAAGGACAAUCACAUGAGCAGUCAUCCGGGCACUGCCUCCGAGAUGGAGAUUCCUGUCGACUGA